GGGCCAAAAUCCUACCUAGCCUUAUCCAUCAAAGCUUUAUCGGUUUAUGAGAUCUACAGCCUUGUAUAUCACAAUCAAACAAAAUCAUUCCCUCCCAUCCAUCAUCCCAUCAUCCCCACGCACGCAUCGUAAGCUUGAACUCAAUCUCCUAUACCCAACUUCUCUAUCGAUUUCGAAUUUCAACGACGUCAUCACACUUUCAUCUUCCGUUCCGCCCUGUUCCACCACCAAAGGUUCCGCGAAACAUCCGCAGAUUUCGCAGAUUUCCCCGGGCGCGAUCAAAUCCAUCCCUUGCUUCACAGGUACAUUUUGCGCAACUCAGCACACGCAACGCGAAAACAAAAUGACGACGAUCAAUUCCCCCCCGGAAGAUAUUAAGAUGGGGGAUGGUACCAGGGUAACCCCUUCGGUAUCUGGCGAGAAUGAGGAACCAAAAUUUGGGGGAUUUUCGAGGUUUGAAAUCGAACUCGAGUUCAUAAACGCCAUCUCAUCGCCCCACUACCUAAUGCACUUAGCCUCCCUCUCCUCUGGCACUCUCCUCAGCUCCCCGCCAUUCAUCGCCUACCUGAAAUAUCUACAAUACUUUACUCAACCCCCAUAUCUCAAAUUCCUCACCUAUCCUGGACCUAGUCUAAAGCAUCUAGAGUUAUUACAAAAUGAGAAUUUCCGGAGGGAUUGUUUGAGUAUAGAUAUUAUAAGUCUGCUCGCUAAUGAGGAUAUGGCAGCAGUGGAGAGGUGGCAGAAGGAAUGAUGCAGUGGAGGGAAUGGAGAAAUCAAUAAUCCAUCCAUGUUCCAUAGGUAGAUCCGUCGGACUUAAUUUCGAGAGCAUA